AUGGAAAACACCAGUGCACUGUUGACCCUCUAUACAUUUCAGCAAACUAUACACUCGUCCCAUCUGUCUCCCCCUUUCCUGCGACCUUUGCAGAACUCUUCAACUGCUCCUGUCACCUCCUCUUCCUCACCUUCGCCUGCUGAGUCUGUGAUUUCCCCUAAUGUCGCCUACACGGCGGCUGAGCUCGCCAUCGCCUUUCUCUCCACAGUCGGGAAUUUAUUGGUUUGUAUCGCUGUGGGCCUAAACCGCAAGCUACGCACCGUCACCAACUACUUUCUGGUCUCGCUCGCAGUCGCUGACAUCUGUGUGGGCACGAUCGCCAUUCCCUGUGCCAUCCUGACCGGUGUCGGUUUACCACGUCACAGUCUCUACCUGUGUCUUCUCAUGCUGAGUGUUUUGAUAAUGUUCACCCAGAGCUCCAUCUUCAGCCUGCUGGCAGUGGCUGUGGAGCGCUACGUGGCCAUCUUCAUGCCGUUCCGUUACCAGGUCCUGAUGACGUCUCGCAACGCAGUGCUGGUCAUCCUUGCCACGUGGCUCCUGGCCUUUCUCAUCGGGCUCGUGCCUCUGAUGGGCUGGCACAAGACACCGCCUGACUCGGGCUACUGUUUCUUUGUCUUAGUGGUUGACAUGACCUACAUGGUCUAUUUCAAUUUCUUCGCCUGUGUGUUGACACCUCUAGUGAUUAUGUUUCUCAUCUACGCCCGAAUCUUCGUCAUGGUCAAGCAGCAGGUGAGACGCAUCGCAUCCGAGCAAGGUGGCAGAGGGGAGAAACAAGCGAGGGCUGCGGCAAGCAUGCGCCGUGAGAUGAAGACGGCUACUUCGCUUUUCCUGGUUCUUUUCCUCUUCACAAUCUGCUGGAUCCCGCUCCACAUAAUCAACUGCUUCCUGCUCCUCUGCCCGAACUGUCCCGUGCCGCUAGAGCUGCUGCUCACUGCCAUCAUCCUGUCACAUGCCAACUCUGCUGUCAACCCUUUCCUGUACGCGUACACAAUGACGGCUUUCAGGGACACCUUUAAAGCAAUUUUCUUGUGCUGCAGAACAGUGGGAGACAGAGAGGCUUCAAACAGGGCUGGUGGCGAGGAUGGAGAGGGUGCAGCUGUCCAAAACACACACCAGACCUGA